GUCCACGCCAGAAAAAGUCAACCACAUGGUACCGCUUCGUCACUAUUAUACGCACCUGAAAAUUCGGCGUGGCUUCGGUGCAGAAAGAGAGUCGCGGCGUCUACUUUCAGCUGUUUACGUUAGCCUGCUAUUAGUAAGGGACCGUUAUUCGCGCGUGGAAGGGAGGGGGUGGAGAACACCUUUCCCCCCUCUCUCCUGUCGUGAUGACGUCAGGACGGUGCGUCCGUCCAGGAGCCAUCAUCAUCACCAUCCUCAUCCUCAUCAUGUUUACCUGAAGGCGGCUCGGCGAUGGCUUACAAAUACGAAUAAUUUUAAGAAAACCCGUACAAGCUCGACCGGAAGCGGUUCUGGUGGCGUGUGUCGCGACAACGUUGACACGCACACAAACAACGGGCUGCAAAUGACAACCUGCGCAGUGACAAGCUCUAACGGCGGCUUGGAGGCCAGCAGCUCUGAUUCGGAUGAUGACGACAAGCUACAUAUCGUGGAGGACGAAAGCCCGCCGGAUGCAGAGAGUGUAGUGGCGAGGGGGGGCCUCCGCCGCCGCCGCUGUGCCAAAGACGCCGUUGAAGCAGUAUUAACACACAACGGAGACUGGAAUGGAGUAAAAGAGGAGUUUGCCUCCGGGGAGGAAGAAGAUGCAGGAGAGGAGGAGGGUGGAGUGAAGAUAGAGGAGGAGAUCCUCCAGAAAGAAGACAUGACCGUCAUCUACCCGGAGGCCCCUGACGAUGAGCAUAGUCCUGCGGAGACGGGGGGCGCCGACGAAAACGGCACGCCGGACACCCUACAGCUCCACACAUGUCCAUAUUGCUCGCGGGGCUACAAGCGCAACGCUUCUCUCAAGGAGCACAUCAAGUACCGGCACGAGACCAGCGAGGACAACUACAGAUGCUCGCACUGCAGCUACACCUUCACUUACCGCUCACAGCUCGAAAGGCACAUGAGCCAUCACCGCGGCAACAAGGACCAGCGUCACGUACAGGCGACCGGUGGCGGUGGAAGUGGUGGAGGAGCUCGUAAAUUCAAGUGCACUGAGUGCUUCAAGGCCUUCAAGUACAAACACCACCUGAAGGAACACCUGCGCAUACACAGUGGUGAGAAACCAUAUGAAUGCGCCAAUUGCAAGAAGCGAUUUUCCCACUCGGGCUCGUACAGCUCGCACAUCAGCAGCAAGAAGUGCAUGAGUGCAGUCACCACCCCCAACGGCCUGGCCCGCAAGCCAGUCAAGUCGCCGCCGCCCGUCACGGAGAUUUCACGAGUCGCCAUCUCUUCGGGACGCACAGUUUUGAAGGAGAAACUAGAGAGUAAACCCCUCCAGGAACAGCUCCCCAUUACACAGAUCAAAUCGGAGCCAAACGGGCAACCCUGCAAGCCGGCUGUGGCGACGGAACCAGCUGCCAAUGGGGCGGCGCCCCAGCCCCCACCUCAAGGCGUCGCUAUGGUUCUCCCUACUGUUGGACUUGCACCACCUAUAAACAUCAACCUGAGUGAGCUGCAGAAUGUCCUGAAGGUUGCUCUGGAUGGGAAUGUCUUGAGGCAGGUUCUGGGGACCACCGAUGGGGCUGCUGUGCAGGGUAAGCCAGGUAUCGUGGUCCAGCAACCUCAGCAGCAGAUCAUCAGCCUGCCUGCCUUUGUGGACCACGAUGGGACCACAAAGAUCAUUAUCAACUACAGCAUUGGACCCGCGCCUGCCACUACAGCCACUUCCACUGCCACCACUACCACCGGUGUACCCAUGCCACUUUUUGUUAAAAACAACCUGGUUCCAGCAGCACCCAUCCCAACCAAAACGGACAAGCCGUCAACUCCCAAGGUGGACCUCAGCCUCGUCAAGGAAGAGCCUGAAGAUUCUGUGCUCAUUACGGACACAAAGACAGACCCAGCGAUGAGCAUCAAGACUGAAGACCGCACUGAGGUGCUCCCACCCAACUCCGGCUCCGGUACUUGCUCACUCUGUGAUGAGUGUCCCGAGAACCUGGAGGCACUGCACUUGCUCCAGCACCACAAAGUGGCCAAUGGGGAGGCUGUAGACUCAGCCGCCUUGGACCCGUCCUUCGCUGCUUUGCUGAGUGACGCUGGGGUGACGUUGCAGCAAGAGCCAGCCGUGGAUGAUCUUCUGACCCUCCUCAAGACCUACUUCGCAUCCAACUCCAACCCUGACCAGGCUGAGUUUGAGAAGAUCUCAGACUCAGUUGGUAUUCCUGUCGCUGUUGUGCAGAAGUGGUUUGCCAAGAUGAACUCUGGGAGACAGAGCUGCCAAGAAACGGCUACUUCCAAACAGACUGAAUCCCUCAACACUGAGGAUGACACCAAGCAAGCGUUAUGUAGUUCCCCAUCUGAUUCCCCAUCAUUAAAUGCCAACGACUUGAUCAUCGUCAAAAGAGAGCCAGAUGACCCUGAGGUUCUGGACUCACAAGCUGAACCCUUGGACCUGUCCCUCCCAAAACAACUCGCCGCUCCCGCCUCCACUGUAACCCCAGAGGACACGCCACCUCCCCCAAAACCACCGCAGCCCAUGAAUCUGACCUAUCUGAGGAAAGAGCAGGUGGACAGUCGCACUGUGUUUGUGGCCGCACCUCAAACGCGCAGAACCACCGUCAGUAUUAUGCCCACCUCACAGUUGCCCACAUUGGUCGCCAUCACGGGUCAGGGCUCGGUGGGCUGCCUCGGCACCCUUGGGGACUCAGCCAAGCGGACCAUCCUCAUCCCACAGCUCACUUACACGUACGCCGGUGCAGCUGGAGGUGCAGCCAAGACGGUGGUGCUUAAUGGGCACAAGACGUCGGACGCGGCCUCCGAGGGUGCAACGGACGAGCGGAAGGAGAUUUCGGUCAUGAAGAAGCCGCGUCUGGAAAACGGUGUCUAUGCUUGCGAUCUGUGCAACAAGGCCUUUCAGAAGGGCAGCUCUUUGCUCAGGCACAAAUAUGAACACACAGGAAAGCGUCCUCAUGAGUGCCCAGUGUGUAAGAAGGCCUUCAAGCACAAGCACCAUCUGAUCGAGCACUCGCGGCUGCAUUCGGGUGAGAAACCCUACCGGUGCAACAAGUGCGGGAAGCGCUUCUCGCACUCGGGCUCCUACUCGCAGCACAUGAACCACCGCUACUCCUACUGCAAGCCCGACGGCUCCGAUCCUGACUCCAGCCCGGACGCAGAUGCCGCCGAGGUUGCCGCCGCUGUCGUAGCAGGCAGCCCAGACGCCACUCUGGACUCGGACAUAGGUGAGAGCGAAGAGGAUGACGAGGCCAUGUGUGUGGACGACAUCCGGGUCGUCCAGGUGGAUGAUGGCGAGUGCGAGAUCUACGAGGGCAACUUUGAUGAAGACGAAGAAGAUGAGAAUGAGGAUGGAGGUGAAGAAGAAGAGCGUAAAGAAGAGAACGAAAAAAACCUGGACGUAGAUGAGUUUGCAUGCCAGGUGGUGGAGGUGGAGCUGAAUCACGACCAGACACAGGAGUCAGCCGUUGAGGGACAGGAUGGGGGGAAGGUGGACAAGGCAGAGGCGGCCGGUAUCAACCUGGAUCAGAUGGCGGACUGCGCAUAUAAAAGCAUCAGGGACUGGUCGGACAGCGAGGAAUCCUCUGACGACCAAGCUGUGACGGACGCCAAAUAAUCCAAACCCCGCUUCGGGACUCUUGAAAGCCACAGCUUCCUUCUUGGUUUUAGCUCUUCCUCCAGAUCCAGUUUAUUAUGGAAUAUGGACCCUUUUGGCAAUGGACCCCUCGCCAAAAUACACAUACAAAGCAAAUAAUGUAAUGUUCUUGAGUAGGCUUGUUCAGGGUUAAGAAAGAGUUAGUGCUAUUGAGACAGUGACAGCCAUGAACUUAACCAAUUUAUGUACCAUUUUUACUCCUUUAGUCACAAAGAUGGAGAAAAAAAAUCUAUACUUGCCUACAAAUGCCACAAGAGGGGGGCAAAGCACUAGUUGUCUAUCAACUUACCUUAUAUUAGCUCGGAGCUGCUAUAUGACGGCUGCAGAGCACUACUUUUGUCAAAAUGAAGCUCAACAUGGUCAGUUGGUACCAAAGUAGUGCUCUGGCCUGGGCGCAGAAACCGAAAAAUGAAGGAUAGGUACUGAAAACCAGUGAUUAGGUGAUUUUGCGAAUACCCAACCGUAAAUAUGUGGGGGUUUAAUGGGUGAAAAAGUGUUUCAGUGCUUUUUUUUGGAGGGGGUCAUAUUCUUUGCGGUCUACAUUAUUACACCGGCUGUGACUCCGCAGCUUUAGAUCCAGUUCUGGUAAGGGUCGGCUGCUUUUAACGGUCCACUACUGUGUCCGAACACCUGGGUGUGCCUGAAAUCUUUUCUUUGUUGUGCAAAUACCAGUGUUACAAAUGUUUAUAGAUGCUUUGGUUCGUGUUACUAACUCGACUUUUUUGUUUGGGUUGCCAAUGUUUCCGACUUCAUCAGUAUUCUCUUUGAGUUCGUCGAACAAAAAGCGCUGCACUACCGUUUUCCCAUUCGUUGCCCUUUCAGUGUUAGUGUUUUGCGCCGUUUGUUUUAAUGUUUGACUGUUAGCCUUAAAGAAAAAAAAGUAUUCCCUCCCCUGACCCACCCACAAGCAAAAUGGGCGGCGCCCCCUGCCUUAUGCAAGACCUGCGUGCUGUUAAAGUGCCAUUGAACAGUGUUGUUGUCCCCUCGCUCACGUGGAGGGUGUUCACCAAUGUCGUGUUACUUUCCUUACCCGUCAUUUCCUACCAUGGUUUCUUGACUUUUGUUACGUGUAUUCAGCGCCACGUUAGCUGUCUUUUUAGCUGCCAGCAAACCACAGCGGUCGCACCCCACGCUAUAAAUUGACUGUUGGUCGAAACAUUUUGUAAAUUUGAUUGCAUUUUGUCAACAGUCAAGUUUAGGAUUUUAUUAGUGACAGUUUUAGCAUUUUUUUUUUUAUUUUAAUGUUAUGAUUAUUGAAUCAGUUGACAUUUUGAAAAACCUUUUUUUUAACACCCCCAAUUAAAUUAUAAUUUGAGUUUUGAUUUGUAAGACGGGUAAAAUUUAAAAAUUACAUUUAAUACAUUUAUACAUUUAAUACAUUUAAAAAUCUAUGUGUUUAAUGUAGUUUUUCAACAUUUUUUUUUUGUUAAAAAGGGUUUCAAAACUUGAGAAUUUCUUUUUUGUAAAAGCAGGAACAACUUUAUGCUUGAUUCAUCAAGUUUACUUUUUAAAUUGGUAACAACACAAUUUUCAAAAAUUACUUGAUGUGAUUAGUUUUUUAAAGCUAUAUAUUUUUAGCAAGUUUGGCAUUCUUGUUAAUUGGUAUUUUUUUUCUACUCUUUUUACAAUUUUUAAAUUUUUUUGCAAUUAAAAAAAAAACUAUGGCAAAUGUCAUUCCAAAAAAGUUCACGCUCAAGUUCACAAAUAACUCAAAAAGGAAAAGUACCUACAGUUUUAUUAUUCUGCUUUAAAGAUAUUUGAGACCGUUUGAUUAUACAUUUUUUUGCAAUCCCUUUUUAAGUGUGUCAUUCAAUUAUAAAAUUACAAGUUUACAUAAAAAUCUGAAAAAAUAUAAAGAUUAAGCUAAAAAAAUUACCAACAAAAUUGUUCUAUUUUCAUUUUUUUGAACAACCGUUUUCACAAUUCAUGAAAUUUCCUCUUAUAAAAUAUCUUGUGGUUUCUAAUGUGGUAAAACCGCCCAUUUACAUUAAAAAAACAAAUUUUCCGUACUAAGACAACAAAAAUCCCAUUGUAAACCAUAAAACAACGUCAUAAACACAAUAUUGUCUGACUCACGCACUUGAAUGAGUAUCACAGUUUUAAAGAUGUCUGUGAUUGGUAGCAGUUCGUGGCAAUCGCUGCAUUUUCCACUGAAAUUAUAUAUAUUUUUUUCAAAUGAUGAAACAGAUGUUAGCCUUGACUGUUUAACGCCCUAAAAAUGAGCUACGCAUUUGUUUGUCUUUAAUAAAGCUCUUUUUUUCACUGUUGGUUUUUCAACUGCGCACUUGUUCAGAUGGAAAAUGGCGACGCGCUGUUCCGCACUUUGGGUGGCAAAUGUCAGCCAACGUGGCGCUCCCGUGUUUUUCCCCAGUCAUGAUUUUUACCGAAACAGUAUUUGUUUUCUUCCUUUUGGAUUUGAUCGCGUGCGUUUCUGACAAAGCCAGUAUUACAAAGUCUUUACAUAACUUUUUUUUUUUUUAUAUAUAUAUAUAUAAAUAUUUAUGUUGUAAUUUUUUUUGUAUUUUCCUUUUAACGGUUAUUUAUUCCGCAUUAGUAUAGGUAGUGUACAUGACUGUAGGAUGAAUUGAUAAUAUAUUUUAGUAUGAAAAGCAAAUCAAGCCAAACCCACCAUGUGGUUCUGGGUCUUUCUGCGUUUGUUUUACAGAAAAACACCCCCAAAAAACAACAAAGACUUAAAGAAAAAAAAAAAAAAAGUAAAAAUAUUCAUCUUGUAUUUUAUAAAGUGUUGGGGGGGGGGGGGUAAAUGAAGAAAAAAGCCAAUGAAAAUGUUCCAUGUGGUCAUUGUCACACAGCUACUGAUGGAAAACGCAUGAGAUGAAGCUCCAAUCCUUUCUUUUUGUUAUUGUUGCUUUGGAUCUUUUUGUCAUUUUGCCGUGCCAUCACUUUGGUUUGUCCUUUUUUCUAAUGUUUGUCCCUUCACAAUAAACAUGUGAAUGCAUCCCUGACUUACUAGCCCCCGCCUGCAUUUUUUCAAAAAGUCAUCCCUUCUUGGACAAAAAGUUCGUUACAAGAUAUACACAAGAAUUAGUAUAAAUGUCGUACACACUAUGUUCAACCACUGCAGCCCUCCCCACUAGGCAGGCCCCUAACUCAUUAGCUGACAAUAACUGCGCCCAAUCCAUUUGAACCAAGUCUCAACAUUGGUAGGGACGAUAUGAAAGGAUAACCUGCAUGCACACUUUUUGCUUGGAAUGGGAAAUUAAUAAGAGCCAAACAGAUUGGGUGAACGGUGGUCACGGCUACAUUUCUCACAAAUAUAAACCUAAUUAAAUUAUAUGGUAAUUCGGGAAUCAUUAUGACGAUCACAAUCGACCAGUCGAUCGCAACGCUAGUGUGGACAGCUCGCUUUUGUGAGUUGAUUGUGUUGUAUGUUACAAUGUGUGAGCAACAUAAUGAGUUUAUGCAGCACCUCUCUCUUGCUAAGCAGCUUCUUGCUCACGGUUUUCUUGUUCUAUAGUUUCCAGCAGAAUUCACUACAUUUCUCACGGUUUAAUUAACGUUAACAGUAGAAAACACGAAACAAGGACACCUCUCUAAGCAGCUUCCUACUCGAGUUUAGCAAGUUCACACAGUUUAAUGUUAUGUUCACUCAGAUGCUGGUGGGACUUUAAAUAGUAAAAUUAGUGGUGUGUUUCCCACCUCCACAACAUUGGCGUCUUUUUAAAUUACUUGCACUGGCUGCUGCUGGCCGGAAAAAAAAAAUUCUAGUAUCCCUCCUCUUCGAAGGGUGCGGAGGAGGCGGCCUGCUGUUGACAUAUAUUUCUGUCGGGGCUGUGUGAGUGUGCGUGUGUGUGUCGGGUGGGUCAAGUCAUCAGCCGAUCAAACGUGCAUUUGAAAGGGAAAAAAUAAACCAGCACAUUCAGCAAAUGAAAAGGGGUAAAUAUAAGUUUGAACAUAAUGAAAAUAAUUCACUUAAUAAUGGUAGUUAAUUCUAUCCUUACAACAUAUGGGAAUUUUUUUUUCUGAUCAAACGAGCACUAUCCGCUAACCCUCAAACAACCCAAGUUGUUAUCAGCACUCAGUUCCGAAGCCUUCGUCUGUGAUGGUAUGAGGGCAUGAACAAGGUUAUGAAUGCAGCUCACAACUGCUAGAAUGAGCGCGUCCACAGUAACGUUCAUGGGACUGAAAUAUGAUGCAUUCAAUUCACGUUCGCCCAAAAUAUGAAUGUGUUCAUGAACGAUCAUUCGUUAAACGCAUCUUUUUUCAACAUUGUGUAAAUGGCAAUGUCGAACUGACAGAACAUCUUUGAAACUUUCUCAGCCACUUAUGAGUUAGCUAUUCCCCCUCACACCCUGAGAAACUUAGAGCCAAUGAAGGCAUCCUAUUUGAAUUGAUCGGCUGAAUGAUGUCUCACAGCCAUUGACGGCAAUAGAUCUUGUUACUUGGUGGACUUUUCCAGCCCUCCUAUUUCAAAUGGUUUAGAGCAGUGAUCCCCAAACACCGGCCUGGGGACCGGUACUGAUCCAUGGCCAGUGUUGGGCACGUAACUUUAAAAAAGUAAUUAUAGUUACUCACUACUUCUUCCAAAAAGUAACGAAGUUAGUAACUGAAUUACUCUAUAGUAAAAGUAACUAGUUACCAGGGAAAAUAACUAUUUCCGUUACUUUAAAAAGUUGUUGUAUGUCAAAGAAUUUGACAUUUUCUGAGCAGUAUUCGAGUCAGUUGAACAGAGAAGAACAGACAGGUAGUUGUGUUAUAGAACCUUGUAAUAUUAAUUGCACCUCACCAGCAACCGAUAUAUCCUACACUUGAAGUGCAACAAAAACAAACAGAUAUGAAUUGCUUACCACUGAUGUCAACAAAAGCUUUGGCCUGGGACAUAAAUGACAUUUUACAUGCACGUUCUUGCCUUGAAUUUCGGCCAACUUGAAAUAGUGUUUAUAUCUCCACCUCGUAAAGGACAAAUUUUCCUCUGAAUGCUCUGCCAUCAUAUCCCUCUGCAUCUGUUUUGCGUGUGUGUUGGCCGCACGCGCUGUUCCGGUUUGUGUGUGAAAACAUUGGCUCUGAAGUUUGUUCAAAAAAAAGAAAAAGAAAAAAAAAAAUUAUUAACAACAAAUACACGUUCGCUAUUAGGCUCGAGCGUUUACCUCACAUAAUGGGGGAUCACGUGAGAUUUGACAACGCAGCCAUGUUGGAAGCAGGUCUGACUCGCGGGACAUUAAACUUUAACUUGCCAGUUCAAUAAAGAGACAAACUUGUUACUAAGGCGAAGAACAGAUAUGUGAUCAAACUUAAGGAUGUGAACAAUGUUGACCCUUACGAGCAAGCCGAAGACAAAUGGAGUAAAGAUGUCGACGGGCUUCCACAAUUACGCGAAAUGGACAUUCUGCUGUAUUUAUUGUUUGGUGUAUGUUACUAAACUCAUCAGCGAUUCCGAAAUUACAAAUCACUACAAAGCUACGAACAGUUUUGCUGCGGAUGGGUGCAGGACCUGCACAUUAUGACCGUAUCAAACGGCAACUCCAUCGUUCUUGCAAAGGUAGACUGUGUGUGUUUACUAUUUUCAUUACCAUGAAAUUGAACGCACUCCAAGUCUUGGAUGACAAAUAAACAGAGUAGAGUAGACUCGCUAUGGCUGGUAGUUUCUUCAAUUUAUUCAAAGUAAGUAACGCACCGCUUUUGACCGUCAGUAACAGUAACGGCUUUGUAACGGCGGAAAAAAUAAUUAGAUUACCCCGUUACUGAAAAAAUAAUGCCGUUAAUAUUUAUAACGGCGUUAUUCCCAACACUGUCCAUGGCGGAGACCUCAACAGCCAGAAAUCUUGCUUGUUUGUAGGUGACCAAAUACUUAUUUUCCACUCUAAUUUGGAAAUAAAUUAUUUGAAAAUCAAACAAUGUGAUUUUCAGUUUUUUUUCCCACAUUCGGUCUCUCAUGGUUGAGGUUUACCCAUGUUGACAAUUACAGGCCUUUCUAAUCUUUUCAAGUAUGAGAACUUGCACAAUUGGUGGUUGACUAAAUACUUAUUUGCCCCACUGUACAUGCACUGAGGCGGGAAAUAAAAAUCUGUCAUUGUUAUAAACUCUAAACAUGGCAAGUCGUCAUAAAUCGGGUGCACAGAAAAUAAAAGAAAAAUGCAAAAGAGGUGAAGGAGAAAAAAUGAUGAUGUCUUUAAAGGGGGGACAAGAAGCCAGAGAAUUAGGGAUAGAGUUCGCUGUGGACGGUGAUGUCGGUAAGUGAACAACAGUCGCAAACACUGAACAUUAACAUUCGCGAUCACCGUGACCAAAGCCCGAUUCGAGUCUGUCACAGGCCGCUUGUGGCCUAUUGGGCUGCGAUAUUGUCAUAUGCUGGUGAUGUGAAGUAAAGAGCAGACUUUUGCAGUGUAUAUUAACUUUUUUAAUGCUCAACUACACCUGCGCACUUUACACUAGAUAUCAUAAACUAGCAACCUAGAUGUGCUGCGUUAGAUCACCCUAAGUCCCAUGCCAUUGGCGAUUGAGCGUGAGCUUGCUCAAAAACUGGAUUUCACUGAUGUUAUAAAUGACUUUGCUGUUCAAAAGUCUAGGUGCAUCACUGUUUGAGGGCUUGAUAAACCCAGGGAUGUGGAGGGGGCAGGCACAGGAUGUUUAAUUAUACUGUUUUGUUGUAUAGCUGCCAGGCAAGCACUCUCAGUUGUAUUGUAUUGUAGUCAACAUGGGACAAUAGAUGGAAAUUGUUUGUUUACAUUGUGUCACAUCACAUUACGGUCUGUUGAAUUUAAUAGUCCAUCUC